AUGACUUCUGUAUCAGUGGCCGCCGUCCCCGCGAGCGAGGAAUACUACGACCUGGGCUCCUUCGGCCACACCAUCACCACCACCAGCGCAGACGCCCAGACUUGGUUCAACAGGGGUUUGACAUGGGUGUAUUCGUUCAACCAUGUCGAAGGUGCCUAUUGUUUUGAGCAGGCGAGUGCGCACGAUACUACCUGCGCAAUGGCAUACUGGGGCCUUGCAUAUGCAGUCGGCCCAAACUACAACAAACCGUGGGAAAAGUUCGAUCUCGGCGACCUCCACACUUCCGUCCGGCGCGGCCACGAAGCAGCGCAGAAUGCAAGCAAGUUUGCCAACAACGCGACUCCCCUAGAGCGGGCUCUGAUCGAGGCGAUACAGUUUCGGUUUCCGACCGAUAAGCCCGCCCAGGAUUAUCCCGCCGUCAAUCGAGCCUACGCGGACGCCAUGAAGCCAGUAUACGAGGCGUUUGGAGCAGCAGACCUGGACGUCGCAGCCCUGUAUGCCGAUGCGCUGAUGAAUAUGACCCCCUGGGCGCUGUGGGAUCUCUUCACCGGCAAGCCGAACCCAGAGGCUCCCACCAUGCAAGUGAAGGCGGUGCUGGAAGAGGCGCUCGCACGGGAGUCCGGCGGUGCACAUCUGAACCCGGGUCUGCUGCACUUAUACAUCCAUUUCAUCGAGAUGUCUCCAACUCCCGAGCGCGGCAUAAACGCAGCCGAUCACCUUCGUGACCUCGUCCCCGAUGCCGGCCACAUCCAUCACAUGCCCACGCAUCUGGAUAUCCUCGUUGGAGACUGGCGGCGGUCCAUCGCCUCCAACUACCGCUCAACCCUCGCAGACGACAAGUAUUUCCGCAAAUCCGGCGCCAAAAACUUCUACACUUUCUACCGCAUGCACGACUAUCAUUCUUUGAUUUAUGCAGCCAUGUUCGCCGGCCAAUCCAAAACAGCCCUGGACGCCGUAUCACGCAUGGAAGCCACCCUCCCCGAAGAGGUCCUCCGCAUCCAGUCCCCGCCCAUGGCCGACUGGCUGAAGCAGUUUGUCCCGAUCCGCCUACAUGUCAUGGUCCGCUUCGGCAUGUGGGAGGAACUAAAGACCCAGGCGCUCCCAGCCGACCAGACGCUCUACGCAGCCACCACGGCAACAACCCACUACGCACGCGGGGUAGCAUUCGCCGCCACAGGCGAUAUUGAUUCCGCGCGCGCCGAACAGGCCCUCUUCCACCACGCCUGCACACGCGUCCCAGAAACCCGCCGCGCCUACAACGGGAAGCAAACUGACGUGCUCAAGGUCGCAGACGCAAUGCUCGAGGGCGAGAUCUCGUACCGCGCAGCCCACUACGAGGCCGCAUUCGCGGCCCUGCGCCGCGCAAUUGAUCUCGAGGACUGCCUCCCCUACAGUGAGCCCUGGAGCUGGAUGCAGCCUGUGCGCCAUGCCUAUGCGGCGCUCCUGAUGGAGCAGGGGGACCUCGAGCAAGCUCUUGUUGUCUAUCGGGCGGAUUUGGGCUUGGAUAACUCGCUUAUUCGGCCGCGGAGGCACCCGAAUAAUGUCUGGUCGCUCCAGGGGUAUCAUGAGUGUCUGGUUAGGCUCGGCCGGGUGGAGGAGGCUGCGGCAAUUCAGCAGCAGGUUCAGUUGGCACUUGCUGUGGCGGACGUGCCGAUUAAAGCAUCGUGCUUGUGCCGUUGGGACACCUCGAAGGCUCCGCAGGUUGAUGGGAAAUGCCACUCCUGA